CAUUUUACAUAUUAUCCUUCUUGGGAUAAGUGAGGAUUCUAGGAGAUAAUAUGUAAAAUGGCUAGCAUAUGUACAUUCUCAAUACAAAGUUAGUAGUGGUGAUGAUUGUUACUCCUAUUGGUGCUGAAGAUAUAGACUGCUAAAAUACAGUCAGUUCUCAUUAUUUUUGUUUCAUAAAGCUGCUGCAAAUACCGAAUUAGCAAAUACUAAAAGAUUACCAUUAGGGAUAUACAGGAUAAGUUCCUUAGAGCCUCUGGUCACAACAUUCAAUUAAUCCAUCAAUACAUAACUUUAUUUUAUGUGUGUUUCUUUGUAAAGACACAUUAUUUAAUAUAUAUUGUUGAUUCAUAACAUUGAACUCAUGGCCAGCAGCGCUAUAACCUCACUGACUUGGGAACACUAGACAGCACUUUAGCACUAAGUUUGGGUGCCAUAUUGAAUAGGGGAGUCACCAACAAAAACACAGAAGUGCAAAAAAUAUGGCACUACAUAGACUGUGAAAAGGACACUUGUUUACAAUAUGAUGUGACACCUGAAAGUAGAAGGCAGACCAUCACCUUGUUUGACCUCACUUGGUAAUGUGAAUGUUGGAAGGCUCAAAUUUCUUGCUGUUCUGUGCAUGUGAUUGAUUGACUGUAAAAACUUUGAGAAUAUUGAUUUUGGGGUUACAAAUCAAUACUUUUAGUAAGUAGGUGAAUUUGCAAGUGAGGAAUCCUUGAAUAAUGAGUGUUGGCUAUAUUAAAAACUGUUUUCUUGCAUCUGUAUUUCUCUAGUGGUUUUUCCUCUGGACUAAAAAGCUUACCCACUGGGGAAAAUAUUUUAAAACACUGCCUGCUCAGAUGUUGUGGAUUACAAAGGAAGCCACAUUAAUAAAGAUUUUCCAUGUAUCUGAUCUCUCAUUUUUAUCAGUUUGUUUGCCAAUAAAAAUGCCUCAUCAUUUCCAGAUCUUGAAAGUUAACUGAGGCUUCACUGUUGAGAUAUGGUAGAAUUUUGAUAGAAUUUUGAUCAUUCUUUAAUUAGGCGGAGUGUGAGAGUGGGGACCUGGAAAAAGAGCACAGAGAGAUAAUGGGACCAUUGCUGAAAAAUCUGGCAAAAAGCAGUAGGAUGACACAGGGUAGGUGAGCCCCCAAACUGGGGCUUAGCCUGGCAGGGUUCUUGGCAUUGUUCAGGAAAGAAUUCAAGAAUGAGCUGGUGGUGGAAGAAUGCAGUUUUAAUGAAGCAACAGUGUACAAGAGAGUAGCUGCUCCUUGCAGAACAGGGCUAACUCACAGGCAGUGCAUCCAAAGUAGCAGUGUAUGGGCUGUAGAAAGCAAUAUUUAUACCCACUUGGAAUUACAUGCAAAUUGAGGGGUAGGUUAUUCAGAAAUCUUUUGAAAAGGGGUGGUAACUUUUGGGGGUUGCCUUGGCAUUUGUAAACUGUCAUGGUGCUGUUGGGAGUGUCUUAUGCUGAUGAGCAGUGAGGGCAUCUAGAGGUUGCCUUUGGUCCCAUUUGCUAGUUCUGGUAUGUUUCUUCGUUUCAUCCUGUUGAGACCAGGAAAUAAGUACGGAUUGUCUCCUACUUCAGGAUGGCUUCCAAAUUUUGGUGUAGGCAGUUUUUGAGGUAACCAGCCUCAGCUUACUCAGGGCCUAGAGGAUAAAGGUCAUGAUUUUUACUUUUGUAAGCAUUGUAAAUUAGCAUAUUAUAGUUAUCAGAAUGAUCAUUGUUAUAAAUAUUAACUGAGUACUUGUUGGGAUUGCUUGGAAUUCUUUUAGAAAAAGGGAGAAAAGAAUUGGUUUCAGUAGGUUCUAUACUUUCAAGUUGCAUAGCAGAUAGAUCACACAAUUUAGUGACAACAAAGAAAACACAAAGAACAAUACUAAUAACAGUAGCAUCUAGCAUUUUUAAAGCCCUCUUUACAGGCUAUGCCUUGUGUCAGUGUUUUAGCCUACCUUUCGUAUAUUUCUAUGGUGUUCUUAUGUAUGAUACCCGGGGUAAGGAAGGUACCUAUGUAAUUUAAAAAAUUUUGCGUUAGAUAAAUGAAAAAACAGAAACAUCAGGAAUUAAAAUUUACAUCUAGAUGAGUUAUAAAUAUAAUAAGGCACUACUAUCUACCAGGUAUGGUAUUUAAGUGUUUUGUACAAUAUAAUUCUAAUAUGAGGUAGAUAGGAUCCCAUUUUAUUAAUGAAGGACCUUGUGCUUGUCUGUCUUCUGUCACUUAUCAAUCUUAAGUUACUCAAAUAAGGUAGAACUGUGAUUCAAACUGAGGACUGUCUGACUUCAAAGCUCACUCUUUUAUUCAUCAUGCUGCAAUGGUUUCCAUGUAUUUUGGUGUUCAGAGGUUUGGAGGGAGAGGCAGGCGUGAUUGGGGGUGACAACUCAUGUUGAUUUUGGAAUGGAAAGAAGACUAGGUUUCUUAUGAAGUAAAGGCAGAAGACUCAGGGUGUGGUUUAACAUUCAAAUCCAAAAUAAAUAGUUGUAUUUAUUAAAGGUGCUCAUAGCAUGCCUGUCUGCAUAGUUCUUUGUUUCCAAAGCUGCUUCUGAAAAAGGAAAGGAAGUAGGCUGUGAAGGCUCCAAGAAAGAUAGCAAAAGAUAGAAUGGUGGAUACUUAAUUAUUCACAAGGGUGUGGUGUAUCAGUAAGUGGUAGAUUUUUCCCAUUUCUUAUUAAUGAUCUUCAAAUGUUGCUACUUGAUGACAUUAAGUUGUCUUGUCUACAUACCCAUCCUGUGUUCUACUACUGAACACGGAUAUGUAACUCCUAACAUCUGGAUGUUUUUCACUCGUCUCUCUGUUUCCCCCUCACUUUUAUUUUCUCCUAACCUGACUUGUUAAUUGCUUUUUUUGUGUGUGUCUUCAUAAAUUUAUAGCCAGUCUGUUCUAUUCUGGACUGUUUAUCUUUAACAUGCCAGAGGUCUUGAAACAUCAUAAUGUUGUGUAAUGAGCAUAACUUCUGCCUUGACUUGUGGGUGUUAAGAGCAUUAGUCAGUGCAAAGUAUUCAGUUAAAUGUUUUCAAUGAAAGGAUAUAAUGAUCUAACAUAGAGGAAGAAGUUAUAAAAAUCCUAGUUAAUGGCAUUAAUGGUGAGCCAUAUACUUAGGGGGUUCCUUCUGUGAUGAGUUAGAGAUUCACAAAAUGAAUGUAAAAGCAUUCUUACUCUUAAUUAAUGAGAGAGGAGAAAGACCAACAAUAAUAAGAAAAAAAGGACUUAAUUCUCAUCCAUACCAAGAAAAGUGUAAGCAUCCAAGUUCCCAGUGAUUCUAAUCCUGAUUCAGUACCUUGCAUAUAUCUUUAGUUAUCACAAGAAAUGUUAAAGAUUUCCAUGAGAUAUUAUCGAAAGGGACUCCUGGGCUGCAUCAUAAGCCUGAUUGAAAGACUUAGCCUUGUAAUGAUCUCUUCUUGGAGGACCAUCAGGGAAUUCUUUGCAGCUCUAUCAGAGAGUCAGGGCUUUCCUGAGCAAACAAAGUAGGCCUUUACCUACAGAGCUGAUUUUAUGAAGAGUUUUGGUCAGCAUUAGUCACUGUGAAACUAUGAGCCUCCUGCCUUGGUUAAUCUCUACAGACAUCUCCCUACAGCAGAAGAUUGAAUCCUCAUCUCUCCAUGAGUCUGAACAUCUAAAGAUGUUAGAGGUACAUUAAUUUGCUUCUUGCUGGGGAAUGUGUAUUGGGUCUUCUGGGAAUAGUGUCUAGAUGAAUGUUUAAUAAUCAAUUUAAUAGGUUGGUGGGCUGUCUUAUUUCCUGGGGUUGGAGGUUUAAACCAGGACACCCUGUGCUAACUCUGCUCUUUACCUUGCCAGCAAUCCUUAGUCGUCCUGGUAAACAACUUCUGAGUUAAAUACCUUUUCUUUUCUGGAGAGGUUACGAACAAAGGAAAUGGCUUUGAUGUCAGGACAGGGGGCAUAAACAGUGUUUAUGGCUGCUGUUAAAAAUUUCUCAUCUGGGUAUUUUCAAAAGAAUUUUAAGUCAAAAUAUAUCACUUAUGGGAAGUACCUUCUUUUCCGACAUGAUAUCUUAUACAAAUUGAUAAUUAUUUUCAUGGUUUAAGUAGUAAUUGAUGACAUUUUGGGGGUUGGAAGAUUUGUAGGGAGGAGGAGAUAGAUUUUCAUCAGAUUUCCUCCCAUCCUUUCCUCAUGAUGAUUAUUGAUCUCUAGUCCUCAUAUGUAAGGUGUUGAAUUUAUUUACUAAUGUUAUUAACUGAAUCUAUAGAUAAAGAGGUAGUUUUGAAUGGGAGCCAAGUAACCUGUUGUUGUAAAGUCUAUUUUACCUUUCAUGAUUACCAUCUAGCACCUCCCUCCUUUCUGGCUGAAUUCCCUGUCAUUUUAAGUAGGCAGCAAUUACUGGUUUGCUAAAGAAGUCAGCUCCUGCUGCCAAGGAUCCUGUUAAUUAUCACUCUAUCUCUAAUUUAGCCUUCCUAGUGUUGAGAGAAGGUGCGUGUAAGCGUGUGGCAGAACGUCUGCAAUCGCAUCUUUGUAAUAAUCUCCUUUCUGAGACGGUUCAGUGGACUCAAUGUUCCGCCAAAGGGCCGAGGCGGCCCUGCAGUUCCGCGGAGCAUCCUGGGGCCUCCAAGCCUCCGAUAAGCUCCUCCAGUAUGACAUCACGCAUCUUGCUACGCCAGCAACUCAUGCGUGAGCAGAUGCAGGAGCAGGAGCGAAGGGAGCAGCAGCAGAAGCUGCAGGCGGCCCAGUUCAUGCAACAGAGAGUGCCUGUGAAUCAGACACCAGCCAUAAACGUCAGUGUGCCCACCACCCUUCCCUCUGCCACCCAGGUGCCGAUGGAAGUCCUUAAGGUGCAGACCCACCUUGAAAACCCCACCAAGUACCACAUACAGCAAGCCCAGCGGCAGCAGGUAAAGCAGUACCUUUCUACCACUUUAGCAAAUAAACAUGCCAACCAAGUCCUGAGCUUGCCAUGUCCAAACCAGCCUGGCGAUCAUGUCAUGCCACCAGUGCCGGGGAGCAGCGCACCCAACAGCCCCAUGGCUAUGCUUACGCUUAACUCCAACUGUGAAAAAGAGGGAUUUUAUAAGUUUGAAGAGCAAAACAGGGCAGAGAGCGAGUGCCCAGGCAUGAACACGCAUUCACGAGCAUCCUGUAUGCAGAUGGAUGAUGUAAUUGAUGACAUCAUUAGUCUAGAAUCAAGUUAUAAUGAGGAAAUCUUGGGCUUGAUGGAUCCUGCUUUGCAAAUGGCGAAUACGUUACCUGUCUCAGGAAACUUGAUUGACCUUUAUGGAAACCAAGGUCUGCCUCCGCCAGGCCUCACCAUCAGCAACUCCUGUCCAGCCAACCUUCCCAACAUAAAAAGGGAGCUCACAGCGUGUAUUUUUCCCACAGAGUCUGAAGCAAGAGCACUGGCCAAAGAGAGGCAGAAAAAGGACAAUCACAACUUGAUUGAACGAAGAAGAAGAUUUAACAUAAAUGACCGCAUUAAAGAACUAGGUACUUUGAUUCCCAAGUCAAAUGAUCCAGACAUGCGCUGGAACAAGGGAACCAUUUUAAAAGCAUCCGUGGACUAUAUCCGAAAGUUGCAACGAGAACAGCAACGCGCAAAAGAACUUGAAAAUCGACAGAAGAAACUGGAGCAUGCCAACCGGCAUUUGUUGCUCAGAAUACAGGAACUUGAAAUGCAGGCUCGAGCUCAUGGACUUUCCCUUAUUCCAACCACGGGUCUCUGCUCUCCAGAUUUGGUGAAUCGGAUCAUCAAGCAAGAACCCGUUCUUGAAAACUGCAGCCAAGACCUCCUUCAGCAUCAUGCAGACCUAACUUGUACAACAACUCUCGAUCUCACGGAUGGCACCAUCACCUUCAACAACAACCUUGGAACUGGGACCGAGGCCAACCAAGCCUAUAGCGUCCCCACGAAAAUGGGAUCCAAACUGGAAGACAUCCUGAUGGACGACACUCUUUCUCCUGUUGGUGUCACUGAUCCACUCCUUUCGUCAGUGUCCCCCGGAGCUUCCAAAACAAGCAGCCGGAGGAGCAGUAUGAGCAUGGAAGAGACGGAGCAUGCUUGUUAGCCAAUCCUCCCUGCACUGCAUUCGCACAAACUGCUUCCUUUCUUGAUUCAUAGAUUUAAUAAUUUACCUGAAGGGGUUUUCUUGAUAAUUUUCCUUUAAUAUGAAAUUUUUUUUCAUGCUUUAUCAAUAGCCCAGGAUAUAUUUUAUUUUUAGAAUUUUGUGAAACAGACUUGUAUAUUCUAUUUUACAACUACAAAUGCCUCCAAAGUAUUGUACAAAUAAGUGUGCAGUAUCUGUGAACUGAAUUCUCCACAGACUUUAGCUUUCUGAGCAAGAGGAUUUUGCAUCAGAGAAAUGUCUGUCCAUUUUUAUUCAGGGGAAACUUGAUUUGAGGUUUUUAUGCCUGUGACUUCCUUGGAAAUUAAAUGUAAAGUUUAAUUGAAAGAAUGUAAAGCAACCAAAAAGAAAAAAAAAGAAAGAGGAAAAGGAAUCCAUACUAACCCUUUUCCAUUUUAUAAAUGUAUUGAUUCAUUGGUACUGCCUUAAAGAUACAGUACCCCUCUAGCAUUGUUUAGUGUUUAUACUGCAGACUACUUAAAGAAAUACUGUAUUCUGUAAAACACACAAAAAAUGCAGCCUUUUCAUGAGAAUCAUCUGGUUAGAAAACAUAACUGAUACCAACCGAAAUUGAAGGGAGUUAGACCAAGGCUCUGACAUAUAAAGUCUAAUCUUGCUCUCUUUUAUUCUGUGCUGUUACAGUUUUCUUCAUCAAUGAGUGUGAUUCAGUUUUUCAUAAGAUAUAUUUUAUUUUGAAGUGGAAAUUAAUGUCCUCUCAAAGUAAAAUGUUGAGGAGCACUGAAAGUAUGUUUUACUCUUUUUUUUUUUUUCAUUUUUGCUUUUGAUAAGAAAACCAAACUGAGCAUAUUUCUAAUUGGCUUUACUAUUUUUAUUUUUAAAUUAUGUUUUACUGUUCAUUUGCUUUGUACAGAUUCUUUAUUAUCAUUGUUCUUUUCAAUAUGUUUGUAUUAAUUUGUAAGAAUAUGCAUCUUAAAAUGGCAAGUUUUCAAUAUUUUUACAAUUCACUGGUAGUUUUCCGCAUUCUUUGUACACCCAUGAAAGAAAACUUUUAUGCAAGGUCUUGUGUUUAAAAGACAGCUUUGAGAAUAUUUUGUACAUUACAGUCUCACCCGGAACUGUUUUUAGACACAUUUUAAGGUGUAGUAUUAAUAGGUUAAAACCAGGCUUUCUAGAAAGAAUAAACUUACAUAUUUAUUUUUAGGGUAUGAAAAUAGCAAUAUUCUUGGAGACGGAUAACCAUAGCAUUAAUACGCCCAUUAUGGUCAUUUAAUUGGGGUUUAUUUCAGCAAACUUGCUGAAUUUUGUUUUAAAGAAAGAAAUACUGUAUUGGCAAAUUGCUGUUACUUGAUAACCAUGUUUUAACAAGGAGCAAUGUUGUAAAGUUAGUUUCAGUGCAUUAUCUACUUGUGUAGUCCUAUGCAAUAACAGUAGUGUCACAUGUAUCAAGCCUAAAUGUUUUAUACAGAUGCCAUAUAGUGUUAUGAGCCAGGCUGUUGAAUGGAAUUUCUCAGUAGCAGCCUACAAUUGAAUAGCAAGUGGCAUAAAGCAUAUCCAUUCAGAAUGAAGUGCCUUAAAUAUAGCAGUAGUCUUUUUUGGACUAGCACUGACUGAACUGUAAUGUAGGGGAAAGUUUCAAGAUGGUAUCUAUAGUCAAGAGGAACAUGUAGCAUGGUGCCUAUGUAGACAAUAUAAGAGCUUCCAAUUUUCCUUCAGAUAUUUUUAAUAUUAAAUAUAUUUUAGUGACAGAGUGCCAACUUCUUUCAUCAGGAAACCUUAUUCAGGAGGGGUUUUUUUUAAAGUGUUUAAAUGUCAAAUGUGAAUUGGUGAUGGGUGAUGGAGGGUUCAUAGAGAAGGAGUGAUCGUCAGAUGUGUGAAUGAAUGGUUUAGGUAAAAAUAAUCAACUGCAUAGUUCCCAUGCACGCUGGGCAAUGAGAAUCCUUGGAAACAUUGGUGAUGCUAUCAGUUUUAUAGCUUUAUUACUUAAGGGGGUAGGGAAAAUUACUUCCCAUUCUUUCAACCCCCUUAACUGUAUAGCUCUUUUCCUAGAAUAGUGAUGCAAAUCUGCAUGAACAGCUAAUUGUACCAUAGUAUUCACUGAUACAAUCAUAGCACUGUCUAUUUUUCUCUUCAUAUUUAUAUGGGGGGGCGGGCGCUGGAUGCAAAAGUUGAAGGUCGUGAUGCUAUGAUAUUAGUUUUCCUUAGCUGAUUUUGAGGGUUUUUAAAAAUAAAGCAAGGUUGACUAACCUAUGGCCAAGGGAACAGGACCAUGGUUAAGCAACCACAUAGAAAGCUUUGUUGAAAGAAAGUAUGGCAUCUUGUACCACUACCCUGACUGUCGCAACUCCUGACUUUGCCAUUGCCUGCCUCCCCGUCCCCUUCUCCUUAAGAGACAAUUUCUGCAGGUGGCAGGUGAGCAAGCCCAGGAGAAUGCUGCAAUCUUGGGGGUGGUUUUAUUUAUUUCUUUUUGCCAAAUAGAGUGUGGAUUCGUUUUAAGGACUAGUUAAGCCAAGAGGCAGUGGUUUGGCCUUGUCGUUUGUAACGAGAAAAUGAUCCACACCACUCCCCCUAUCCUCGGGUGCAGAAUUGUGACUCGAGGUUGGACCUCCAUAUGGAGGGACCAAAAUGCCAAAAUUGUCCCUCUGCCUCUGGGUAGGGCAAUGGAAAUACCAAAUCUUCUGACUUUGCCAAAAAGCAUACAAGCAACCUGGUCAUAUAUAGGAUGACAAAAUUCUUUCUGAUUGUUUUUAAACAAUAAAGCAAUAAGAACAAAUACAAUACAUAGGAAGUUAAAAGAUAUAAAGCACAAAGGAAUGCACUUAUUAAUAUUUUUGAAAAAUGCACUGGGAAAAAGUUGAUGUCAAUAACAGUAGAAAAAAGCCCUAUUUCUUGAUAAAUGACAAAUGACUGUCUCUUGCGGAUGCUUGGUACUGUAAUGUUAGUAAUAGUCACCUGCUGUUGGAUGCAGCAGUAAUUUCUGUGUGGUCCAUAGCACUGUAUAUUAUGGAUCGAUAUUAAUGUAUCCAAUGAAAUAAUCGACUUGUUCUUGAUAGCCUCAUUAAAGCAUUUGGUUUUUCACGUAGUAGUGAUGGCCUAUUGUGUUAAUGCCAAUUUUGAAUGUUAUUUGCCUUAUCAAAAAAUGGUAGUGCACAUUUUCUUCUGAUUUAAUGAAUAACAAAUUGCAUGAAAAAUUUUAAAGUGCCAGUAAGUACUUUUUUUUUGUUUAAAAUGCCACUCUAAGAUGUUACUUUUUGGUUUUAAACAUUUUUGAUUACUUUAUGACUUACACUCAGAUGAGCUAUAAUUAUGCAGCUUUUUUAUCCCCCUCAGAAUUUGGGGAGAUUUUAAACUCCCAAAUGCCAAGACUUCAUUUUAGAUAUAGGAGUUUUAUUUAAAAUGUUUCAGUGAGAGGUGGCUUUAAAAAAGAGAAAUUGUCAGAGAAACACUUGCAUAUUUACAGAAAAGAUAUUGGGUUUUUAAAAUACAAAUUUACAAUAAUGAAAGCUUAAUAUACUCAGGCUGCCAGCUCCUGGUUGCUUUUUUUUUUUUUUUUUUUUUUGAAUAUACUACUUAA